CAGGCUGAAGUGGUUUGGUUUGGGCUGAAGUGGAAGAAGAGCCUGAGAUUUGUAUAAGGCACUGAAGUUAGAAAAUAUCAGGACUCGAGGGUGGUAAUGGCUUCCAUGCAGGGUUGCACUUAGAUGCUCAUGUCCCUUGUCCCUGCCUCCUGAGACCCACCACUUUCUCAGCCUUUGUUCUAGGCGGCAGUAAACAUGCCGUAUCGAAGUGGGCUCUUUUGAUGGGCUCACCUUCCUGGAUUGUGAGCCUUAGCACUCUCUUUAUAUCCUGUAGAAAAGUCCAGUUUUUUUUCUUUUUUUCUCCCUCCAGAUAAUUAUUUUCAUACUUAAGAAAUUCUUUAAAAAGAUGUCAAAUAGUAAUGUUUUGAAUACUUUGAGUAGAAGACCUUUUAAAAAAAAAAGAUAUUUGUGAAGGGAGUCAUGAGUAGUUGCCAGACAGUGUGCCAUUUGAUAUCUGAUGUUUUCAUUUUGUUUCAGGCAGUGGAGCUACUGCUGUGGUUCAGGCUGCCCUGUGCAAACCCCGGCAAGAACGUGUGGCAAUAAAGCGGAUCAACUUGGAGAAAUGCCAGACCAGUAUGGAUGAACUAUUAAAAGAAAUUCAAGCCAUGAGUCAGUGCAGCCACCCCAACGUAGUGACCUAUUACACCUCUUUUGUGGUAAAAGAUGAACUUUGGCUGGUCAUGAAAUUACUAAGUGGAGGUUCAAUGUUGGAUAUCAUAAAAUACAUCGUCAACCGAGGUGAACAUAAGAACGGGGUUCUGGAAGAGGCAAUAAUAGCAACAAUUCUUAAAGAGGUUCUGGAAGGCUUAGACUAUCUACACAGAAAUGGUCAGAUUCACAGGGAUUUGAAAGCUGGUAAUAUUCUUCUGGGUGAGGAUGGUUCAGUACAAAUAGCAGAUUUUGGGGUAAGUGCGUUCUUAGCAACAGGGGGUGAUGUUACCCGGAAUAAAGUUAGAAAAACAUUUGUUGGCACCCCGUGUUGGAUGGCCCCCGAAGUCAUGGAACAGGUGAGAGGCUAUGACUUCAAGGCUGACAUGUGGAGUUUCGGAAUAACUGCCAUUGAAUUAGCAACAGGAGCAGCGCCUUAUCACAAAUAUCCUCCCAUGAAAGUGUUAAUGUUGACUUUGCAGAAUGACCCACCCACUUUAGAAACAGGAGUAGAGGACAAGGAGAUGAUGAAGAAGUAUGGCAAGUCCUUUAGGAAAUUACUUUCACUGUGUCUGCAGAAAGAUCCUUCCAAAAGGCCCACAGCAGCAGAACUUUUAAAAUGCAAAUUCUUCCAGAAAGCCAAGAACAGAGAGUACCUGAUUGAGAAGCUGCUUACGAGAACACCAGACAUAGCCCAAAGAGCCAAAAAGGUAAGACGAGUUCCUGGAUCAAGCGGUCACCUUCACAAAACCGAAGACGGUGACUGGGAGUGGAGUGACGACGAGAUGGAUGAAAAAAGUGAAGAAGGGAAAGCAGCUUUUUCUCAAGAAAAGUCACGAAGAGUAAAGGAAGAGAAUCCAGAGAUUGCGGUGAAUGCCAGCAGCAUCCCCGAGCAGAUACAGUCCCUUUCUGUGCAGGACUCUCAGGGCCUACCCAAUGCUAAUGAGGACUACAGAGAAGCUUCUUGCGCCGUGAACCUCGUUUUAAGAUUAAGAAACUCCAGAAAGGAACUUAAUGAUAUACGAUUUGAGUUUACUCCAGGAAGAGAUACGGCAGAUGGCGUUUCUCAGGAGCUCUUCUCUGCUGGCUUGGUUGAUGGUCAUGAUGUAGUUAUAGUGGCUGCUAAUUUGCAGAAGAUUGUAGAUGAUCCCAAAGCUUUAAAAACCUUGACAUUUAAGUUGGCUUCUGGCUGUGAUGGAUCCGAGAUUCCUGACGAAGUGAAGCUGAUCGGGUUUGCUCAGUUGAGUGUCAGCUGAUACAUGUCCCUUGAUGUGCCCUGACCCUGUCAUGCCUCCCCUCACUCACCACACUCCCCCCAGCCUUUCCCUCCCCACCCCCUCACUCCCUGUUCCCAGCAAAAUCGGAAGAUUGUGAAGAGGCCGGCUUCGACAAAAUGGGAUAAAAAAGAAUUUUUUAAACUUAACACUCCGAGUUCUGCUUUAUUCUCUAGCGAUCCACAGUAUAAGAACAAGCCAAUGCCACAGCUGCACGACGGUUGCUAAUUUUUCCAAAAGCUGUUUAAUAUUCUUAGCAAUUAAUUCGGAUAUCCCUUAAGUGAAAAGAAUCUGAACUACACUCAGGUGGUCCUAUUUAUUGGCAACAAAAGGAAUUUUUUUCUAUCAGAAGCUACUUCUUCUUUCAUUGUUGUUCUUUCUGUUAUACUUCAACUGUAUAUCUGACAAUGCUGCCUCUUUUAUGUUGUAUUUAGAAAUUAAUAUACUUAUAAAAUUAAGAUUUAUUAGCCAAACUUGAAUUCUAGUUUUAAAACUGACUGUGAAUUUUAUUUUUCAUAUAUUUAUGCAUUACACACCUUAGCUAGGAAAAGAAAAGUUUUUGAUUAUAUGCUUCUUGCGGUAAAUCUCUUGUUAUUUAAACAAAAAGUUUCAGGUCUAUCUUUGGAGUAUUUAUAACUUCUGAUUUUUGAAAUGACUGAAUUAAGAACUAGGAUGCUUAUUCUUUUGGUUUGUUUGCCUAAAAACCAAUCCACAAUCUGAUUGUCUCCUGGGAGAGGGAGGUGCCUUGCAAAUUUUCAUAUUAAGAAUGUGCCUGAGGCUGCUUUACUCUGCAAUAGUCUCAGAUCUAAAACUUCCUCCACACAAAGUGGCAUCUGUAAGUUUUGCUUCAUUAAAACAUUUAGAAUGCUAUAUAAAAUGUUGCCAUUCUGUUAGCUUGCUAAUUAUGUACCCAUCUCUGAUUUGACUUCUCCUUAAAUGAUAGGAUUUGCUGUCCCAAAGGUGAUAAACUUGAAAAUACCGGAAUCUGAGUUUUACUUGAAAUUCUGCACAAUACCCAGAUAGAGUAAAACAGAAAGGAUUUUGUGCAAUGACUAAAAGGUUAAGUGCUGUUAAGUUUCAAGAAUAAAUCCUUUCAACCCAAGUAGCCCUCUGCUUGACUACAUAAUAUGGAAUAGUAAAUCUUAGGAUUUUCAAAAUUGGAAUCUAAACUUUCAGGGAGGUGGGCUCCCGGGAUGGUACCAUUUGCUCUUUCCUUGCUAACCCUAGAUACGGCAGCUCUUUAAUGUCCUUUAAAAAGCAAAUAUAUAUUACUAAGGAAAACAAAGUUAUUUAUAAUUGCCUUGUCAUAAUUGUUAAGGUGUUCUAGAGCCAUUUGCAUACAAUUUAAUGUAAUAUCAUUCCAUUCUAUUGUUUACACAAGGAUUACUCAAAGAUGACUGCAAAGGUAAAAGGAAAAUAAAAGUGUAUUGCACAAAGAAA